AUGGCACUUCGAAGAAACAAGGCUCUUAAUCAAGUCCUCAAUGCGCUACAUCCUUGUGUCAAAACUACCAAUAAUAGAACAAUUAAAUCCGUCCUCAUUGCAAAUAGGGGAGAGAUCGCUCUCAGGGUUGGGCGAACUGCUUCUCGCCUUGGAAUUCGUUGCUCCACGGUAUAUACGGAUCUCGAUGCAAAAUCUCAACAUGCCCUGUCUAGUCCCUUUGCUGCCAACUUGGGGAGUCCUUCAGGCUACCUCGAUGGAGAAAAGAUUAUAGCAAUAGCAAAACAACAGAACUGUGAUGCACUUCAUCCUGGCUAUGGCUUCUUAAGUGAAAAUGCAGAUUUUGCCCGAAGGUGCAUGGAAGAGGGCCUAUUAUUCAUUGGACCCUCUUGGAAAGCGAUACAGUCAAUGGGAAACAAAUCGCAGAGCAAAAUUAUCAUGACUGAAGCGAAUGUCCCCUGUAUACCUGGUUAUCAUGGAGCAAAUCAAACACCCAAAGUCCUUCUUGAAGAGGCAGUUAAAAUUGGAUUUCCCGUCAUGAUCAAGGCAGUGAAGGGCGGCGGUGGAAAAGGAAUGAGAAUUGCUGAGAACAAGGCCGAGUUUCUUGACAAACUUGAGAGUGCCAAGAGAGAAGGGAUAAGCUCCUUCGGUGAUGAUGUAAUGCUCAUCGAGAAAUUUAUAGCAAAUCCACGACAUAUCGAAGUUCAGAUAUUUGGGGAUAGCCAUGGAAAUGUAGUUACUAUGGGUGAACGAGAUUGUAGCUUGCAAAGACGGCACCAAAAAAUUAUUGAAGAAUCACCUGCCCCCAAUCUCCCAAAACAUGUAAGGCAGGGGCUGUGGCAAAAGGCACAUGCUGCUGCUUUGGCAGUAGCCUAUGAAGGAGCUGGUACAGUAGAGUGUAUUGCAGUGAUAGUUAUCUACGAUAAUGAUUCCCAAAAUUUUUUCUUCAUGGAGAUGAACACUAGAUUACAGGUCGAACAUCCAGUUACUGAAGCACUAACAGGUGAAGAUCUCGUCCAUUGGCAGUUUGAAGUGGCCGCUGGUCAACCCUUACCGCUUAGUCAAGAUGAGAUUAACCAAAGAAUAAUGAGCCGUGGUUGGGCUUUAGAAGCCCGAAUAUAUGCUGAAGAUCCCAUGCGAAACUUUAUGCCUGCUUCUGGAAAACUCACAUACUUGAAGGUGCCCAAAUUGUCUGAUAGUGUACGAGUUGAUGCUGGAUUUAUUCAAGGUGACACUAUCACCCCUGAUUAUGACGGAAUGAUAGCGAAACUUAUCGUCACUGGCUUAGAUCGGGGUAUGGCCAUACGAAAGUUACACACUGCCUUACAAGAGUAUGAAGUAGUCGGAGUACAGACAAAUAUUGAGUUUCUCAAAAAUGUCUGCAAGAGUAACGAUUUUUUACAAGGAAUUUUUGACACAGGUUAUAUACAAAAACAUCAUCAAGAACUUUUCGCAUCAGAGGACCAUGUCCCGGAAAUUUUUGCCCAAGCUGCACUUGGACUAAUGAUAAAAUCCCCUUUAGGUAACGAGGGUCUACCAGGCGGGUCUACCAUUGGAUUUUGCGGGGCUAUUCAACGCCAGUUUAAGUUCAGUUCGCUUUCGGACAUAGAUGAAACUGUCAGCGUUUUUGUCACACCCUCUGCUCGUCAUUGUUUUAGGGUUGAAGUUAUUUUCAAAAAUUCAGUGAAGCUUUUCGAAAAUGUCACGUGCGAGCCUGGAAAAUUAUCGACCCUAACUUCAUUCUUUACGCAUACACGUAUUGAUAGUACAGUAAUCCAAGACAAAGAUGUUGUUCAUGUAUAUCAACAUGGCAAACAAAAUCGUAUAGAAAUUAUUCCACCAGUUUGGGUAAAUAAAGUAAUGGGCUUCGAAGAUUUGCUCAAUAAUGUGUUUGCUCCAAUACCAUGUAAAAUUUUACGAGUCGAAGUUAAGGAGGGAGAUCUGGUCGAAAAAAACCAACCAUUGGUUGUGUAA